AUGGGCAUCAAACACUCCAAUCUGCAAUACUACUUUGCCUUUUCGUUUGUUGGCCUGCUUGCGUUGAGGUACUUCAAUAAUACUUACUUCUCUAUUCCUAAUUACAUUGCGUUGUCGUUAUGUUCGAGUCACGAUCAUCCGAAUCCUGUAGCUUCACUGUACCCUAUGAAUGCCACCGGCACUCUCAAUGGAACUGUCGCUAUCAUUCCUAUAUCACUGGCCCUCGCACGUCAGCUUAUCCCACCGCAAUAUGGCAUCCUCGAACACGCUUACCGCGCCCUACUACCGUCUUUUCCUCAAGGCAUGUAUCCGGCAGUUGUUCAAGCACUUCAUGACCACGAAGUGCAAGCAUUCGGAUACAAGAUCCCCGACUUUUCUCGCACUGGUGUCGAAUUCCCCUUCGUCGACAUGCUCAACGACAACCAAACCUCCUUCAAAUGGGCGCCCUCGCUCCUCAUGACCUCCAACCACGACAUCGCCCUCAAAGGCGCCAUGGACUACGGCACCACGACCUUCGCCGCCAAAUUCGAACCCAGCUGCGACGCCUACCGUCACGUCCCCAACGCCACAGACCCCGGAACCACCUUCUUCAGCGCCAUCAGCUCCGACCCCGGCGCUGCAUCGCUCUCCACUUUGUUCUCGCCGACAGAAGAGUCACCGUUUCCCCUCAGCUUCUUCCAGAACUUCACGAACCAGCCCACCUUCGCGGACGGGAAGACCUGCGAUAAUAUGAUCAGGUUUUUCAAUACGUCCGCGACUACGUCCCGUGGAAUUGAGGUGGUGAAGGGGACGGUGCGCGCGCAUAUCCCGCCGUUCGAUGCCCCGCAUGAGUGGAAGGGCGUGUAUGGUCUGCGGAUGGGGACUGCAUUCGUCGAGAAUAACUAUCUCCCCUGUGAGAAUUUCCGCGGGUACGACGGGUGGGAGUCAAGAUGA